AUGUGUUCCCGGUAUUUUUAUUUGAAUUUAGAAAUAAAUUUGAGCUCAUCAGGAACGCCAGAGCUGAUUGUACAAAGUAUAUUACAACAAGCAAUUCGUGAGCUAUUUGGCGAGUGUUGUGGCGCACGUGCUGACGUGUUGCGUGUAAGUGUGAGCCCGGUACGGACUGAGCCUGCACGUGUGCUAUUGCGCGUGCGUUCGCCACAUCUGCGACACCUGCGCGCUGCUAUCGCGUUGUCCCCGGCUAAUAUACGUGUGAUUGCUGAAGCACCCACUUUGCAAGCACUUGUU